AUGCCGCAACCAACACCAUUACCCCACUACCAAAACCACCACCACCGCCACUACCACGUUGCCGCCGCCGCCACCACAACCACCAACACCUUAAACACUACGUCUCCACCACAUAACGCACGACAUGACCACGCCAUCACCCCCACCACCAUGCCAACAUCAGCACCACGCCCGCCACCACCGCCACGCCAACAAGACAAUGCCGCCAUCACCACCAGCACCACAACAACACCUCCACUACCACGUCCAUCACCAACACCACCAGAAUCACAACCACGCCACCCCAACCACUACCUCGCCAACACCAUCACCACGCCAACACCACCAGCACCACCACUACGCCAACACCACAACGCCAUCACCACCAACACCAUGCCACCACCAUCACCACGCCAACACAACCAACACACCACCACCAUCACGCCACCACCGACAUACCACAACCACCACGUCGCCGCCGCCACCACCAACCUUCACCAUCAAGGCGCCACCCCCACCAGCGCGCCGCCAACACCACCACCUAGACGCCAUUACCACUUCCACAGAGCCACAACUACCACCACCAUUUCACCACCACAAACAUUACGCCGCAGCCACCGCCACCACCACCAUGCCAACAUCACCACAACGCCGAAACCACCACAAAACGCUACAACCACCAUCACUACGCUGCAGCCAGCACCAACCACCACCAACAUUACGCCGCCGGCAACACCAUCCACCACCAUGACACAACCACGCCAAAAUUACAACACCACCGCCACCACCCCCGCUACCAUGUCAACAUCACCACAACGCCGACACCACCAACACGCGACCUCUACGCAACCACAAUCACGCCACUAUCACCACGACAUUACCACCACGCCGCCAGGCUACCAACACCACAACGCCGCAGCAAGCACUACCAGCACCUCACCAUCUCCACCUCCAAGCCACCGCCACCAGCACCACGCUGGCACCACCACACCACCGCCACACUACCACCAACAACACGCCAAAACCACAACGCAUUCACCACCACACCACCAAUACCACACCUCAACCGGCGCCACCACCUCCACUACCACGCUUCAGCCGUCACCACCACCACCGCGCUAUAAUAUCCAUCACGUCAGCGUUUCUCAAACUAUGGUCUGCGGACCACAAGUGGUCCUCGAGGUGUGCCCUAGUGGUCCUUCAAAAAAGACAGAAGAAAAAAUAUAG